CGCGGUUGGCUGCGGCUGCGCGGGCUAGUAGGGCAAGAUGGCUGCAGAGCAGGUUGUUCGGGUCGUCGGCCCCUGGUCCGGAGCGGGGCUGGAUCGGUUGGUUCGGGCUCUUCUGCUGCUUCUGUGGUUUGCGGCCCGCGGAGGCGCUCUCUACUUUCACAUCGGGGAGACUGAGAAGAAGUGCUUUAUUGAGGAGAUUCCGGACGAGACUAUGGUUAUAGGAAACUACCGGACGCAGCUGUAUGACAAGCAGCGGGAGGAAUAUCAGCCGGCCACCCCCGGGCUUGGCAUGUUCGUGGAGGUGAAGGACCCAGAAGACAAGGUCAUCCUGGCCCGACAGUAUGGCUCUGAGGGCAGGUUUACUUUCACAUCCCAUACCCCUGGCGAGCACCAGAUCUGUCUUCACUCCAAUUCCACCAAGUUCUCCCUUUUUGCUGGAGGCAUGCUGAGAGUUCAUUUGGACAUCCAGGUGGGUGAACAUGCCAAUGAUUAUGCAGAAAUUGCUGCCAAAGACAAGUUAAGUGAGUUGCAGCUACGAGUGCGACAGCUGGUGGAGCAAGUGGAGCAGAUCCAGAAAGAGCAGAACUACCAGCGGUGGCGAGAGGAGCGCUUCCGUCAAACCAGCGAGAGCACCAACCAGAGGGUGCUGUGGUGGUCCAUUCUGCAAACCCUCAUCCUUGUAGCCAUCGGCGUCUGGCAGAUGCGACAUCUCAAGAGCUUCUUUGAAGCCAAGAAGCUGGUGUAGCCAUCCUUCCCCCAAGGCUGGGGGAGAAAGGGCCUCCUGGAACUGAUUUCUCUCUGGCAGGAGGACUGGUUUUCAGCCAUGGAUAUUCUGGAGGGGAGAGGGGCCACAGGCACUCCAGGCACAAGCUGAGGGCAGGAGCUUGAAUGGCUAAUACUGAGCAGGUGGUGGGACAAGUGCUUGUCCUCUCCCCUGGGCUUUGGCCCUUCGCAGUAAUUUCCUAGGGGGCUGGUAAAGCCACUGGGACGCCCUUUGGCACCUCCGAAUCACAGUGUUACUGAUCAGGGAUGCAAGGCUGUUGAUUGGGUUGGCUGGGAGAGGGGAGUGGGUGGGCAAGCCAGGCUUUUGUCUUCCUUUGCUAACUUGGAUUUUGAGCAGUUAUGUUGUAGCUAUGAUUCCCUGCCACCUUGGGAACCUCACUGUUCCUAGCUUGGGUCUUGACCCAGCCCGCUGAUCCAGGGGGGUGUGUGUCAUUUGAGGGUGGGGUAGAGGGCUGCAGUGUGGGAAAGUGGCCCUAAGGUUGACCCCAGGUUCUACACAUGGUUGUCCUUUGAGGGGCUUGAGGGACUGGGAUCAGAGAGAGCAGAGGUCUCGGUGCUGCCUGGGGAUGUGGCCUGCAGAGUUUUAGUUACUGAUUUCAUUUUCAAUAAGCCUAGCUUUUUAUGUUGGUUUCCCAAUAAAAAAAAAAAAUAGA